AUGAAUUCCUUAGUCCAAACAAUCCGGUCAUGGGACCAUAAUCAUCAACCAAAAUUUGAACAAAAAUCAUGGUCUAUUUGUGAUGAAACCCAAACCGACACACUCGCAGCACCACAGGCAACCUUUAAUCCAAAUACCAUACCAGGGUAUAGUGGUUCUCAAACAAGACCUAGUGAUCAGAAUGGUUUAUUAACCCGUUCUGAUGUACCUCACCUAAAAUUACCGACUUUGGAUGGGUCCGGUGAAUGGGAUGCAUUUACACUUCCUUUUACUCGUGCAGCAAACCGAAAUGAAUGCACUAGAGGCGCUGCUGCCAAAUUCAUCACCACCUUGCCACAGGAAAUUAUCGGAGAUUAUAACCAGUUGAUGAAACACAUGCAAAGCCAAUUUGGAAGGAAAAAUCCACCAUCCACAGCUCGUAAGAAGUUAUCUGAACUUCGACAGAAAGCUGAAUCCAACGACGAAUUCGCGGAGGAAGUUAUAGACGCUUAG